AUAGGGGGGAAUAAAAGAAGAAGACAAAUACAUUAUUAAAAAAAUCAACAACAGAACUUAAAGCCUAACGUCAUUGGCGCUAGAACAACAUCCGGGCGGACAUCCCUGGCCUUAGUCUGGGGCGUUGCAAAUACUUCGUUUCCCUUUGCGGUGGCUUCACAAGUAGACAGAGUGCACAAACAAAGCAACGCACAUUCACCAAGAACGUACGGUUGCCAUGGAGACGAACUUCGCAUUUAGCAGUCCUUGGCUGGUGGCUUCCAAUCAACAAGCGAACCUGUGUAGUUAACAACGCGCAUUACCACGAAACACAGUCGGUGGUGCCCUUUGUGUUUGGCGCUGUACAGUUACAGUCGACAGGAAGCCAACCAGGCGCCUGGUGGUCCGUUUUCCGUGAGUCUUUUGCUGCCCCGUCAUCUACUGCUCCCGUCAGAAGAAUGAUGUCCAAAGAGGACGAGGAAGCGUUCGAGGCCGGUUUAAGCAAGGUGGACGAGGUGAUGAGAAUACUCAGCCUAAUGACCAGCGGUGACAAAGCCAAGGAACAGAUGGGUGUCGCGUUUGCCGAUCAAUUUCUUGGCACCGAUCCGGCCACCAAGCGGAAGGAAGAAACCAGCGUCGAAAACUUUAUCGUACGCGUGAACCAGGAGCGGACCGUUAUCAACCAUCCGGCAGCCGACGAACCGCCGCUCGAGCAACCGAUGCAGGACAAGUACGCGUUUAUGGCCGAAAUCGAACGGGACGCAGCGAGACGGGCCGCGGAACGGCGCGAACGGGAACAGGUGGCUCAAGGAUUACGGCGGGCCGGCAAUCGAGCGUUUCGGCGCGCCGAGUACGAACAGGCGAUCAAUAUGUACUCGAAAGCGAUCGAUCAAAUACGCGACAGCCCGAUACUGUACAAUAACCGUGCGCUCGCCUACAUCCGGAUCGAGCUGUACAAGCGGGCAAUCAUCGAUUGUGACUUUGUGCUCAGCAAGCUGGAUGAGAAAAAUUUACGCUCCUGGAUUUUCCGUGCCCAAGGCUACUACCGGCUGGGGGAGACGAAGGCGUACGAAAAAAGUGUCGCCGAAGCGAGAAAACACAAUCCCCGGGAGUUGGCGUACAUCGAUCGGAUUGUGCGAGAAAUUGAGGGUAAAUCGGCCGCGCUCGAGUCGGUUGGGAAGGUGGAGCAAGCGGGACCGACUGGUGGUGACGGGCAUGCGGGAGAAGCUGAGAUGGUGGUGGCGGGUGCUGGGUCACUCGUGGAUCGAUUUGCGACGAAACCUUUACCCAUGGACGAUGUACAAUCCACCUCAUCCGGUGAGCUUUCGGAAGGUUAGAACGGGCGACUUUCCGGCAUAUGUUACUGUAAAAUAAAAUUUAUCCCCAAUCGAAAAUAUCUAGCGUUUCGAA